CGAGGCAGAAGUGCAAAGCGAGAGAGAGAUUGUGGCGUAGCUGAAAAUACAACUUCCUGUUAAACGCCCAAGUGCAUCGCUGAAGGUAAGAGUGUUCCUGACAUCGCUCGGUCUGUCAAGCCUAAAGCAAGCUUGAGAACGCCCGGGAGCAUAAAACGCACAGGAAACUGUGAGCGACUGAUUAGAAAACGACUUAUGGUGUCUUAGACGAGAGGCCUUUUACACCCAAGUAUGGCAAAGUUCCGUGGACCAAGGUUUUUACUUCUGGUCCUGGCAGGAUUACUGUUAUCAUUUGUAUAUGGAAAAACGAAUCAAUCCAUUCCCACUUCAUCUUCAGACAAACCUGCAAGCAACUCAAUAACUAUCAAUCCCACUUCCAUUACCCUUCAAGGCAACGAAAAUGGCAAGGGAGAUACAGCAAAUAAUGGCAAUGGAAAUGGCACAACGACAGGAAAUCCAGAAAACAAAAACACCUUGAACUCCUCACUCACUGUCUCACCCGCACUCACCACCGCAACAACAGCGCAAGAAAACAAAAACACCUUGAACUCCUCACUCACUGUCUCACCCGCACUCACCACCGCAACAACAGCGCAAGGCAAUGACACAGCAGGCUCACCCACAAGCAUCUCCCAACAAAUCACAUCAGCCAUUAGCACAACAGGCUCACUAUCAAGUACCUCCAAGAGCCAAACCACAUCAGAAAACAAAAACACCUUGAACUCCUCACUCACUGUCUCACCCGCACUCACCACCGCAACAACAGCGCAAGUAAAAGGCAAUGACACAGCAGGCUCACCCACAAGCAUCUCCCAACAAAUCACAUCAGCCAUUAACACAACAGGCUCACUAUCAAGUACCUCCAAGAGCCAAACCACAUCAGAAAACAAAAACACCUUGAACUCCUCACUCACUGUCUCACCCGCACUCACCACCGCAACAACAGCGCAAGUAAAAGGCAAUGACACAGCAGGCUCACCCACAAGCACCUCCCAACAAAUCACAUCAGCCGUUAACACAACAGGCUCACUAUCAAGUACCUCCAAGAACCAAACCACAUCAGAAAACAAAAACACCUUGAACUCCUCACUCACUGUCUCACCCGCACUCACCACCGCAACAACAGCGCAAGUAAAAGGCAAUGACACAGCAGGCUCACCCACAAGCAUCUCCCAACAAAUCACAUCAGCCGUUAACACAACAGGCUCACUAUCAAGUACCUCCAAGAACCAAACCACAUCAGAAAACAAAAACACCUUGAACUCCUCACUCACUGUCUCACCCGCACUCACCACCGCAACAACAGCGCAAGCCUUUAGCACAACAGGUUCAUUAUCAAGUACUUCCAAGAGCCAAACCACAUCAGCCAUUAGCACAACAGGCUCACUAUCAAGUACCUCCAAGAGCCAAACCACAUCAGAAAAAAGCUCAACCAUUGCAGCCACCAUCCAAACCUCACCCACACUUAUGUCCAGCAAAAUAACAGGCAAUGACACAACAGGCUCACCCACAAGCAUCUCCCAACAAAUCACAUCAGAAAACAGCUCAACCAUUGCAGCCACCAUCCAAACCUCACCCACACUCAUGUCCAGCAAAAUAACAGUAAAAGGCAAUGACACAGCAGGCUCACCCACAAGCAUCUCCCAACAAAUCACAUCAGCCAUUAGCACAACAGGCUCACUAUCAAGUACCUCCAAGAGCCAAACCACAUCAGAAAAAAGCUCAACCAUUGCAGCCACCAUCCAAACCUCACCCACACUCAUGUCCAGCAAAAUAACAGGCAAUGACACAGCAGGCUCACCCACAAGCAUCUCCCAACAAAUCACAUCAGAAAAAAGCUCAACCAUUGCAGCCACCAUCCAAACCUCACCCACACUCAUGUCCAGCAAAAUAACAGGCAAUAACACAACAGGCUCACCCACAAGCAUCUCCCAACAAAUCACAUCAGCCGUUAGCACAACAGGCUCACUAUCAAUUACCUCCAAGAGCCAAACCACAUCAGAAAAAAGCUCAACCAUUGCAGCCACCAUCCAAACCUCACCCACACUCAUGUCCAGCAAAAUAACAGGCAAUAACACAACAGGCUCACCCACAAGCAUCUCCCAACAAAUCACAUCAGCCGUUAGCACAACAGGCUCACUAUCAAUUACCUCCAAGAGCCAAACCACAUCAGUCAUUGACACAACAGGCUCACCCACAAGCAUCUCCCAACAAAUCACAUCAGCCAUUAGCACAACAGGCUCACUAUCAAGUACCUCCAAGAGCCAAACCACAUCAGUCAUUGACACAGCAGGCUCACCCACAAGCAUCUCCCAACAAAUCACAUCAGAAAAAAGCUCAACCAUUGCACCCACCAUUCAAACCUCACCCACACUCAUGUCCAGCAAAAUAACAGGCAGUGACACAGCAGGCUCACCCACAAGCAUCUCCCAACAAAUCACAUCAGCCAUUAGCACAACAGGCUCACUAUCAAGUACCUCCAAGAGCCAAACCACAUCAGAAAAAAGCUCAACCAUUGCAGCCACCAUCCAAACCUCACCCACACUCAUGUCCAGCAAAAUAACAGGCAAUGACACAACAGGCUCACCCACAAGCAUCUCCCAACAAAUCACAUCAGAAAAAAGCUCAACCAUCCAAACCUCACCCACACUCAUGUCCAGCAAAAUAACAGUCAUUGACACAGCAGGCUCACCCACAAGCAUCUCCCAACAAAUCACAUCAGCCGUUAGCACAACAGGCUCACUAUCAAGUACCUCCAAGAGCCAAACCACAUCAGGCAAUGACACAGCAGGCUCACCCACAAGCAUCUCCCAACAAAUCACAUCAGCCGUUGGCACAACAGGCUCACUAUCAAGUACCUCCAAGAGCCAAACCACAUCAGAAAAAAGCUCAACCAUUGCAGCCACCAUCCAAACCUCACCCACACUCAUGUCCAGCAAAAUAACAGUCAUUGACACAGCAGGCUCACCCACAAGCAUCUCCCAACAAAUCACAUCAGCCGUUGGCACAACAGGCUCACUAUCAAGUACCUCCAAGAGCCAAACCACAUCAGUCAUUGACACAGCAGGCUCACCCACAAGCAUCUCCCAACAAAUCACAUCAGCCAUUAGCACAACAGGCUCACUAUCAAGUACCUCCAAGAUCCAAACCACAUCAGGCAGUAACACAACAGGCUCACCCACAAGCAUCUCCCAACAAAACACAUCAGCCUUUAGCACAACAGGCUCAUUAUCAAGUACCUCCAAGAGCCAAACCACAUCAGCCGUUAGCACCACAGGCUCACUAUCAAGUACCUCCAAGAGCCAAACCACAUCAGCCGUUGGCACAACAGGCUCACUAUCAAUUACCUCCAAGAGCCAAACCACAUCAGAAAAAAGCUCAACCAUUGCAGCCACCAUCCAAACCUCACCCACACUCAUGUCCAGCAAAAUAACAGCCAUUAGCACAACAGGCUCACUAUCAAGUACCUCCAAGAUCCAAACCACAUCAGGCAGUAACACAACAGGCUCACCCACAAGCAUCUCCCAACAAAACACAUCAGCCGUUAACACAACAGGCUCAUUAUCAAGUACCUCCAAGAACCAAACCACAUCAGACGCUAACAAACCAGUCUCACUUGCAAGCAUCUCCCAACAAACCACAUCAAAUACAACUUUGAAGACUAUAGAAAGCAUCAGCUCUUCCUCACUCAAUACCUCACCCCCAAACACGACCAGCACAACAGAGCAAGAAAUCUCAAGCAUUUCCCCCACUAAAUCACCCUCACCCGCACUCAUCUCCAGCGCAACAGCAGCCGUCUUUCCCACAAGCACCAUCACACAACAACACACAAAUGUAAACACGAUUAAAACAGAUAUCUCAACCACUGCCUCCACCCAAAAAAUCUCACCCCCACGCAUAGGCAACAACACAACAGCCAAAAACACAGUCUUGCCCACAAACAUCAGCACGCAACAACACACAAAUGUAACCACAAUCAAACCAGAUAUCUCAACCACUGCCUCCACCCAAACAAUCUCACCCGCACGCAUGGCCGACAAAACAGCAGCCAAAAACACAGUCUUGCCCACAAACAUCAGCACGCAACAACACACAAAUGUAACCACAAUCAAACCAGAUAAUUCCACCACUGCCUCCACCAACAUCACAACCUCACCCCCACUCAUAUCCAACAGAACAACAGAGAAACCCCACACGUGCAUCUACACCCUCAAGGAAGAAAAUAAUUCCCUGAAAGUGACAAUUAACAGCAGUGACCCUGGAGCCCAAUACAACUUUAUUUUCAAAGGCCAAUCACACAAUUACAAUGUCAUCAGAUCAAGCUCUUUCUCAAUAUUAUUUAAAUCAUUUAAACCUUGCCAGAAGUACAAUAUCACUGUCAAACCUUUCUGUACACCCACGUCUGACAGGAAUUUUUUUGAAACCAGAAUAUUAGAUAAAAAGGAUGUAACACCUACCCUGAAAACUGACCCAAAAGUAGAAGUGUGUUUUGAAACAAUUUGGAAUUUGGCAAAAUGUAUUCCUAUUGAUUCAAAAAAUUCCUGCAAAAACGAAUCAGUGACUUUUAAUGAAAACACGUGCCCCAAUACAACAGGCCUCUAUACUUUCACACUUCCCCCAGAAAAGCCUGAAAUUAUUUUUGAAAAUAAGAUCCCUACCUCAUUAGAGUGGAAAAACAAAUUACGUUGCGAAGACAAUCUCACGUACACCUGCAAAGAUUCACAAUCGAAUGAUGUUGCUGUUGAAGCUUUGGAACCUUUCACGAAUUAUAAAUGUACUGGGACAUAUAAUUCUACCCUCUAUUUUGGUGGUCUUUCAAGCACAAUAAAUCUUUACAUCAAAUGUGAUUUGAAUAAACCGAGUAUUUCUGUAAAUUCUACCAACAUCUUUGUGUCCUGGAAUUUCGAAAGCAAAAAAUGCUCAGACCUCAUUUACAGUCGAUUCACCUUGGAAACAAAAUGCAAUAAAACAAUUUUAGAGACCUCCUGCACGCAGAACUCCUGUGUUGUUUCUUCUUUGAGCCCCUGGACUUAUUAUCAUUGUGAUAUUAUAGCAAAAUACAACAACCUUUCAUUUCAAACCCUUAAAGAACAAAGAAGAACCCAGGCAAGCAAACCUUUGACACCAAACGUUAUCAAAGCACAUACUGUGAGCCAUAAUUCCUUCCAUGUGAGUUGUCACAUUGACAAUUGGCAUGGGGAUCCAGGAGAAUACACAGCACAGCUCUGCAUAGAUAAAGACUGUCAAGACCCAAGAAAACAUAAAAAUUGUAAUUUUAAGUUUGACAACCUGUACUACUUAACAACAUAUGAAGUGAAGAUCUAUGGUAAAAAUGGCCAAGGGAAUGAAAGUGAGAUCAUUAGCAAGACGUUUUCCACUAGCUACAAUGACAAAGCCAUUCUUGGAAUCCUGGGCUUUCUUAUUGUUGUCACGACUGUGGCUCUCCUGUUUGUCCUGUACAAAAUAUACAUUUUGAAAAGAGAAAAGUCAAGCAGGAAUGAGCAAGAAAUGGAUGACCUUCUUCCUGCAAAUACACUGAUUCCAGUGGAACCUAUGAGUGCUGAUGCUCUGUUGGAGGCAUACAAGAGGAAAAGGGCUGAUGAGGGACGUCUGUUUAUGGAAGAAUUCCAGAGUGUCCCUCGUAUUUUCUCCAAUUACUCAGUCAGAGAGGCCAAAAAGACCGAAAACCAAUCCAAGAAUCGCUACAUUGACAUUCUCCCCUACGAUUACAACCGUGUCAUUCUGUCUCACGGAGAAACAAAUGACUACAUCAACGCCAGCUUCAUUGAGGGUUACAAGGAAUCCAACAAAUACAUUGCAGCCCAAGGCCCGAAGGAAGAGACAAUGGCAGAUUUCUGGACAAUGAUCUGGGAGCAAAAGACUUCCAUUAUUGUUAUGGUGACCCGUUGUGAAGAAGGAAACAAGAACAAAUGUGCUCAGUACUGGCCGUCACUGGAGAGAGAAACCGAGAUUUUUGACGAUUUGGUGGUGAAAAUCAAGGGAGAGGAAAACUGCCCGAAUUACAUCAUCCGCCACCUGACCAUGAUGAAUCGGAGAGAGAAGUCAGCGGAACGGGAAGUCACUCACAUCCAAUUCACAAGCUGGCCUGACCACGGUGUGCCCUCCGAUCCUGGCCUCCUCCUUAAACUCCGCCGCAGAGUCAAUUCCUUUAAAAACUUUUUCAGUGGACCCAUCGUUAUUCACUGCAGCGCCGGAGUCGGACGCACAGGGACCUACAUUGGGAUUGACGCCAUGAUUGAGAGCCUGGAGGCUGAAGGACGUGUGGACAUUUAUGGCUAUGUGGUUAAACUUCGCCGCCAGAGAUGCCUCAUGGUCCAAGUGGAGGCCCAGUACGUGCUCAUCCACACGGCGCUGAUCGAGUACAGUCAGUUUGGCGAGACAGAAAUGUCACUCUCAAAUUUCCACUCGGAGGUGAACACACUCAGGCAGAAGGACGGCAACGAGUCCUCUUUGAUCGAGAUGGAGUUUCAAAAACUGCCCAGAUUCAAAAACUACAGAGCGUCCAACGCGGCACGCACCGAGGAGAAUAAGAAGAAAAACCGCUCGUCUGUCAUUCCAUAUGACUUCAACCGAGUCUCAAUUAAAGUGGAAGACGAAUCCAGCCAUGAGAGCGAUGCUGAUGAUGAGGAGGAAUACUCAUCAGAUGAAGAGGAUGAUGCCCUCACUAAAUAUAUCAAUGCCUCCUAUGUGGAUGGAUACUGGAGCCCGAACAGCUUCAUUGUCGCACAGGGACCUAUGGCUGACACGGUUGCCGACUUUCUGCAAAUGCUUUACCAGAAGAAGGUUAAAUCCGUGUUCAUGCUCUCCGAUUGCACUGAGAAUGACAUGGAAUUUUGCUCCCAGUACUGGGACGAUGAGAAGAAAACUUUUGGGGAGAUGACGGUGGAGGUCAAAGAGACGGAAAACUUCCCCACGUAUAUCAGACGCUGCUUAGAAAUCCAGCACACGAAGAGGAAAGACAGCCACACGCUGCAGCAGUACCACUUCCUGAAAUGGACCGGUCUUGAGCUCCCAGCCAACCCACUUGAGUUAAUCGACAUGAUGAAGAGCAUCAGACAGAGCAGCGACAGCAGCAAAGUUGAGAAUUUGCCCACUGUUGCACACUGCAAUGAUGGCUCCUCGCGCUCUGGAAUCUUCUGCGCCUUGUGGAAGCUUCUAGACAGUGCAGACACAGAGAAACUGGUGGACAUCUUCCAGGUGGUCAAGGACCUACGCAAAUCUCGUCUGGGCAUGAUCAACACUGUUGAGCAGUACGAGUUCCUGUACACGGCCCUGGAGGCGGCGUAUCCCAUGCAAAAUGGUGAGGUGAAGAAGCCCAGCGAAGCCCCUGCUGACUCCGUGCAGGUUGUAAACGAAUCGACGGCACUGAUCACUCCCAGCACGGAUGCUGUUACCACAGAGAGUGCCCAGGAAAGUACUGACCCGGCACCACCAGAAGAGGGCACCACCGAGGCCAAAACCGAGCCGGAGAAAGCCGUUAGUGAAAGCACCACUAACGGUCCCACCACGACUGUAGAAGUUUAAACUUUUAAAUCGUUGUUGCAGCAUGUUUGCAGCUUUCUUUUAAUUGUUUUUCCACACAAAAAACAACAACUAUUUAAAGACUGUUUAUUUGUUACCUUCUAAGUUGCUGUAAAAAAAAUUCUAAAAAUGUUUGACAUUGAAUUUUAGCGUUGUUGUAAUUAAAUAUAGUAUUAAUUUAAUUAUUAGAAAAAGGUGGGGAAAAAACAUUUAUUCGGAGAAACGAUUUCCAAUGAGUGGGGCUUUAGUGUUUAUUUUUUUUCGAAGACUUUUUCUGGUUUUUAUGCAACAUAUUUACCGCUUCGUAUCAAAUCCUAUUUCACAAUUUCACGUCAAGAUUUUGGUUUCCAUUGGUUUUAUUAGCCUUUAUGUAAUGUGCGUGAAUGUAAUGUAAAUGGAAAGUUUGGUAAUAUUCGCUGUAUAUCUAUAUAUAUAUAUAAAUUUCUAGAGGUAUUUUGUUGACGAAUAUUAUAAAGCUAUGAAAAUGCGAAUGUAUUCAUGUGGUUCGAAAUGCAAAGGUACACUUUUUGUCUUCAAACUAGUUCAUGGGAAUAUUUUUCACUUGUAGAUUUACUAUCGUAUCUAAUGACGGCUUUUCCGUGUUGUUCAUUGCAAAAAAAUAUAUACAAUUAAGGAUAUAACUGUUACUGUAAAAUCGUAGACUAGUAAAAAAAAAAAAGCUGCAUUUAAAACAAGAUCAUUACCGUUAGCAGUGUAGGUGCCUCUUAUUCAGGUUUGUAGGACACUCCAGAUGCAAAAGCCAACAGUCUUUUGUUAACCCUAUACAAAAAAAAAAAAGAAUAGAAUCAUUCGAUCUGGGUUGUGACAACAUCCUGUACAGAUGUGAUCAAGCAUAGAUAGUGUGUAUAGUGAAGAUUUUACUGAAGCAACAUGAUGGCUGUCAUUGUUUUAUUAUAUUACAUGAACAGAGUAAUAGUUUGUCUUUUUUUUAAUGUACAUUCAUUAAUAAAGUAUCAACCUGUCA